UGCGAAUCCCUAUCCGGUUGAGUGAAGUCAUGGUCACCAGACUAGUGUGACGGAAUUUUUGAAGACUUGGAAAGGAAGUGGUUUGCAGCCUUCACAUGCCACGUGGUCGUAAAUCCCAGCUUUACGGCCUGGAGCUGCGCUUUAUCUGUGAAUGGAGUGGAUGCAGCCAGCCGUUUUCAGGGUUGGGAGAGCUGAAAACGCAUGUAUUGGAGCACUUCAGGAAAUUUAAUGAAAGUGCCAUGCACUUCGCAGUUGAUCCUUAUUGCGGAAUUUGUGGUGCUGCUUUGGAUCUAACCGAUUGGGGUUCCCUCGAAAGACAUUCGCACUACCACGCUUGGACUUUAUUUCUCCGAGUCAAAGGGUGUCAGAUACAAGAAAUCAACGAUUGGCCCCCUUGUCUGGCAGACAACACUUCAAGAACAACGGUCCCUGAUUUGCCGACCCCAUUCGAAUGUGGUUGGGAAUAUUGUGACUAUCGAACGAACGAUAUUACUGACUUCAUUCUGCACGUCUCCAGGCAUCCUGAGGAGUAUACGGAUUCCCGUUAUCCGACUGAUGUUCAACUCAAGUGUCUUUGGGAAAAUUGCCAGUAUGUUGCUCGCUGUCUGAAGAACCUCGUGUCACAUUUGGAUUCUCACUCGCAAGGCAAGCGUGUGGCCUGUCCAACUUGCGGCCUGCUUCUAUCAAACUUUAAUAAGUUCGAAGAUCACUUGAAACGACAACAAAUACAUCUGCUCAACAAAGCUGACGAAGAAGAGACCACUGCGGAAUUGCAUCACUCUGUCAAACCCAUGAGAUGUAAUCGCUGUCGACGUAUAUUUCCCACUGAGAAGCUCCUCAUUGCUCAUAUGCAGCGCCACGUCAAUACCGUUAAGUGCCCUUUCUGUGACAUGACAGUGUUCGGCAAAACAGCACUUGACCGACAUAUUUUAUUCCGUCACACUACUGAAAAACCUUUUGCUUGUGACCAAUGUGAGUACCGUUGUAAAACCUUGACCGCGCUCAACCGACAUGUACAAAUACGCCAUCAGAGCAAACGGCCGCAAACAGACAAAACGGAGUUCAGUUCGCGGACAUUCAUCCCCGAUACCGAUCUUGACAACUGUGAACCUACAGUGGCUCCAGUACUCGGACCGUUGGCCGCAGCCGGUGCGCUAUCGAUUCUGAACCCGACUCAGUCUAAUUUGUUGAGCAAACCGGCUGCGAUCCAAAUGAAGCCACACAAUCCUAAUCAUUCCCUUUGCCCCAGCCCACUACCUCGAACUGGUUGGAUGCGUUGCACUCAGCCUGGAUGCCGCUUUAGAACACUAAAACGCACAGGCUUCAUGAUACAUAUUAGUCGAAGACAUCCAGAUUUGCUCAACGAAUUCAAUGCUUCCCUCACGAAAAAUUACGAUCCCGCGUCGACGGGGGCUCUCUACGCUUGUCAUUUGUGUUCAGUGAUAAAACGGCGAGGUUUUGAUCUUUCUCGGCAUCUCAUGCGAGACCACAAUUUAGCUCGUCCCUCUGGUCACAUGCGCUUCACCUAUGCGGUUUCCGACGAUGGUUACUAUCGACUUCAGCUCACUCGACUGGAUACAGUGCCUGUAGCCGCUGCUUUACUCGGUGAAACUGUAGUGAACAAGUUGUUGUCGACUUCUGCUACCAGCUGACACAGGUGGUCCUGUUUUGGGCGCUUGGCAGUUUCCAUUCGUUCCACACGGUUCUUUCUAGCUACCCAUCUAUUCGAGUAGCUUUUUUCUGUUGUCGACUCCAUUUCUGUAGUUGCCUCAUUUAACGCGACACUCACUUGUCUGCACAAAGCCGCACAUGUCAUUAGGUGAAUACUCCCCCGGUUUUACUUUCACGGUUAGUGUGAACAACCUGAGAUAAUUUCAUUCAAUUGUGCUUCUGCGUGCAUGUUUCAUCAUUAUGCAUGUUGUUAUUCCAUCAUUCUUGUGAAAACGAUUUGGCUUGAGAAUACAGCCUGUUUUCAAUAUCGGGG